CUAUGAUAUGUAGGAAGACAGAAUGAGAAGCCAAACUUUGAGCCCAUGAAAUGGACACCCGGAACAAAGUGAUCAACUUGCUGUUUCUUAUAGCACUCAUGGCAACUGCUCUGAGCGCUGUGAUCACGGAUCCACCCCAAAGGACAGUGGAAGCUCCUCUUGGCUCCUCUCUGAUCCUCAACUGCAGUUUUGAGCCGCAGACUAGUGCCUGGGUGAGGUGGUAUUUCAACAUAAACCAAUCAUGCAGUGAUUCAUGUUCCAGUCAACUUUCCUCCCAGAAGAUAUUGGUCAACAAGACUGUGGAGCAGAACGAUGGAGGUCAUGUCCUUCAGGAGUCUGGGAGAGCUUGGUCCAGACUGACUGUGAGAGAUGUCCGGUACAAUGACAGUGGGUGGUACUUCUGCCAGGUUUUGGCAGAUAUCCCUUCCCUUAGAAACAGUUUUAGCAAUGGAACUCAAGUUAUUAUUACUGGCAAGACAACAAAGAGUACCCCUCCAUUGAUGACAGUAACUCGGUCUCCCCACUCCAAUGGGGGUUUGUUUCUAGGCUGGAAGCUGUGGGUAGCAGUGGGAGCAGCAAGUGCCAUACUGGUUCCACUGCUAGUGGUCAUCUGGAUCUUACUACAACGAAGGAGAAGCAUAAUACAAAGAGAGAAUCCUACCUAUACCAAUAUGCCUGCAAUAAAACAACCCUCUCCGCGUCCAGCACAACAGAUGGACAAACAGAAGAUUUCUCCCACUUUAAAAUAUCUCAGGACCCCAACUCCAGCCAGAACCCAUGACAACAAACACAUCAGGAUCCCAACUCCAGCCAGAACCCAUGGCAACAAACACAUCAGGAUCCCAAUUCCAUGCAGGGCAAAUGACAACAAACACCUCAAGAUCUCAACUCCCCCCAGGGCCCAUGACAACAAGCCCCUCACCGAGACCCCAAAUCCACCCAGGGCCCAUGACAACAAACCCCUCACCAAGAUCUCAACUCCACCCAGGGCCCUUAACAACAAACCCCUCACCAAGACCCCAAAUCCACCUAGAGCCCAUGAUGGCAAACAUCUUCCAACUCCUGUCAGGGCACAUGACCUCAGGACCCCAACUCCAUCCAGGGCCCAUGACAGCAAAUAAAGCUCAAAACCUUGA